AUGGAGACUUGGGCGAUGCGUCUUUCGGUGCAGCGCCGCCUGGGUCUCCCCCUCGACGUGGCCUGCCAGGCCGCGGCGGCGGGCAAGAAGACUCGGAAUGGGAAGACCCACGACGAGUAUGGCGACGCUGCUGUCAACGUACCGCAGCAGGGCCACAACACCAGACACAAGUACACGCUUCGACGCCUCAUCCUCGCCCUACGCGCCGCGUGGGGCACCGCUGUGCGAAUGGAGCCGAAAGCCCACCUCGGUCAGAGUUACAACAAACAACCCGACGUGGACGCGGACAACAUUGGCAAGGACGGCACGCACUAUUGCGGAGACGUCAAGGUCGUCUGUUCCCUCAGCAGCAGCGGGGAGCACGGGUGGUGGGCGGCGACCGCCGCAUACCGUCCUACGGCGGGGAUUAUCGCUACGCCAGGGAAGACAAGGGCGUCGAAAGCGGCGGACGUGCUACAGAACAAGCUGACGCGGGCCCAGUACCUCGAUGAGGUGACUUGGACCACCAAGAGCUGGCUGGGGCUGCAGAAGCAGCGCAUCUCAGUCGUUCUUCACACGGCCAGAGGCCACUUCUUCAGGCUGGGAACCGAGGGGCCCUCACGCCCCCCCGGCAUGUCCACCGGCAAGGAGGCUUCCGUGCCGAGUGACGCGGCGGCCCCGGACAGACUCAACGGCAGCGUCGGCGCCGCUGCCAAGCGGCCGCGCGACAGCGAGGGCGCGGAGCGCUACGGCGGACCUGCUUCAAACCCCAAGGCGGAGGCGCUGAGCGAGAAUCUGGGCUGCGCGCACGCGCAUGGCUGCUGCGAGAGCUCGGAGGCGGAGCUUGCUCGACGAGAGCUGCUCGAGCUCAUCACUGCGCCCGACGCUGACGGCACUUGGAAUAUGACUCGGGCGAGGAUGCGUCAGCACGAGUACUAUUUCAUCGUGCAGCGCAGGCUGGCUCGCCACUACUGUUGGCUGGAGCUCCUCUCCCGCCCGACGUCGAGCCGCUGCUGGGUGUCGGCCGCGCAUCUCCUCACGAGAGAUUUUGACGUUCACGCACUUCUCGCGUGA